UCACAGACACUGGCAAGCGGCGUCACUGGCACGAGGGCGUCUGAAUCUGGUGGUGUAGGUGACGAUGACGAUGACGUGUUGACCAACCUGGUGGAACCUCUGUGGCCUGAAGACCUGAAACACCUUCCAUACACCUUUAACCGGGUGUCAGCAGAGGAGAGCAUAAAGAUGUCGAGAGAAUUCUACGACAAGAUGAAUGAGCGUCGCACCAUCCGCUUCUUCAGUCCUGACCCCGUACCCAGAGAGGUCAUUGAGAACAUCAUCAAGGUGGCAGGGACGGCACCGUCCGGGGCACAUACUGAACCGUGGACCUUCGUGGCUGUGUGUGACCCUGAGGUGAAGCAGCAGAUCAGAGCUGUUGUGGAGAUGGAGGAGGAGACCAACUACGCCAAGAGGAUGGGUAACCAGUGGGUGAAAGACCUCAAAUUCCUGCGGACUGACUGUGUGAAAGAGUAUCUGACGAUGGCCCCGUGGCUGCUGCUGGUGUUCAAGCAGACUUACGGGAUGCUUCCAGACGGCCGCAAGAGGAACCACUAUUACCAUGAGAUCUCGACUGCUAUUGCCGGUGGCAUACUCUUGUGUGCCAUUCAGAUUGCAGGACUGGUGACAUUAACUUCGACUCCUCUCAACUGUGGUCCGGCCAUCAGCAUUCUUCAGCGACCUCCCAACGAGAAGCUGCUGCUUUUGAUGCCUGGGAUACCAGCUCCUGACGCCACAUCCCUGACCUCACCCGCAAAACCUCUAGAAGAGCUCAUGGUCACAGUGUAGGAAUGUCUCACUGUGGUGGUGCAUUACUGCGACUAUGCGACUUGGGCUGGUGGGGGAUUUGGACCUGCCUGGCAAGGGCCUGUAGGCCUGCUGCAGUGUUCCUUAUUUCAUUCUUCUUAUGACUACUGGUUCUGUGGUUGUGACCGUGUUGAGCGGUAAUGCGUAUGAUAUAAAGAACAAAACGGCACAAUACCGUGACUGGAACAAUACACAAAUAACCCGCACGGAAGAAAGAGAAAAGCUUAUGACAGCGUUUGGGUCCGUCUUGGACUCACGAACGGUCCAAGACGGACCGAAACGUAGUCAUAAAUCUAUGUGCGGGUUAUUUACGAACUGCCAUACACAGAGUGCGUGUGUACAUCAGAUGGCAGACUGAAGCAAAAAGGGUCUCGGUAACGCAUCAUUUUAUUCAAUGUUAUUUUUGUAGCAUCAACCUUUUAUCUCAACUUUUUUUUUACCGGUAAAUAUACGAGUAGAUAACUUUUAAAACUGAUGUAUCACACACUGUAACCUUUGCACAGGAAUAAAUUUUCUUUGUAUACAUUGUCAGUGAUGUGUCAUUGAUGUGUCCGUCAGUAAUACAGUAAGACAUAAA